AUGGCUUUCACCACAUCUUAUCUUCUCCUAACUCUCUUACUCCCUCACCUCAUCUCCACCAUUUUCCGAUCAUCAAAUGCAUUCUCCUUAAAUCUCAUACAUAGAGACAACCCAAACUCCCCUCUCUACCAACCCAAUAAUAACCUCACUCACCUCCAACACUUCUCGCACGACGCCAAAGCCACGGAAACUCGAGUUUCCGAGCUGAACUCGCUUUGUUUGCCUCUCCUCCUCCGCGCCCCUCUCUACACGCUCGACGUGCGAAUUGGAUCGCCCCCCGUGCAAACGACCCUCGUUUUCGACACGGCUGCACCACUAAUAUGGACACAAUGCAAGCCGAUUUGCGCCGCGUGCUUCAAGCAGAACCACCCGGUUUUCGACCGGACCAAAUCCGCCACCUACAAGUGCUUAAACCGAAACCACACGCUCGCAGGAUAUUUCAACUGCACGGUCGUCGAGUGCUACUACUUUGUGAGCGGUCGUGGCGGGUCGGGCUUGUCCUCGCUCGAAAUCCCGAAAGAUUCGUUCAAAGGAGGCUGCAUUAUCGAUACAGGGUCGCCUUUCAGUGUGUUGGAAGAACGGGCUUAUCGGGCCUUUGUGAGUGCCGUCUCGGGCUAUUUCGAGCAGUUCAAGAAUGUGAAGAAGCUCGUGACAAGAAGGUACCCGAAGAAUCUGUGCUAUAACUAUCCUAGAGACAUCGGGAAGUUUCCGAGCGUGGUGUGGCAUUUCGAGGGGGCUGACCUGGAAGUUAACGGGACGAGCCUGUUUUCGUUAGGGAGUAACUUUGUCAUGUCGAAUUUCGUCUGUUUGCAGUUUUUCGGGGCGCCCGAAACAAAUGUCUUGGGGGCUUAUCAGCAGCAGAAUGUCGAAUUCCAUUUUCACAAUCGAGGCCACCAUCGGCACACCUCCCGCCAAAAAGUCCUUCAUUUUCGACCCGGUUGCGAACUAACCUGGACACAGUGCACUCCAUGCAUAAAGUGUUUCAAACAAGACUACCCCUUAUUCGACCCGAAACAAUCCAAAUCCUUCCAAACGCUCCCUCAAAACCACCCGUCGGCAAAAUACUUCAGACGAUCGGAAAACGGAAGCUUCAUUUUCCAUCUAUUGUAUGUUUCCGGCGAGUCGGCACGCGGCACAGUCUCGAUCGAGACUUUUGGCUUCCCAUCACACAAGAAACGAGCAACCGAGAGCGUGAAAAACGUAGUUUUUGGAUGCGCGCAUAAUCAGAUAGGACGAUUUACGAGUUCGGUUACUGGGAUCAUGGGCAUGAGCAGAUCCCCUCUCUCGAUGUUUAGCCAAAUGGGCCCGCUCGUCAAACGGUUUUCUUACUGUCUACCUCAUAUCAGUUCUCCUGUUAAGACAACGUUUUUAAGGUUCGGAAAUGACGUCAAGGGCCGAACCUACGGAAAACGAGUUUUUUGA